AUGGACAGAGAUCUAAUAUGCUUUCCACCCAAAUGGAGUAAAACAAGACGAGCAAAUUCGCACCCCUCAAACAAAUAUAGUAUAACCAAUCAUAGGAAAAUACUUAGCAUAAAGAAGAUGAUCAAGUUUCUCCUGUUAACAAUUCUGGUGAUCUCUCCAAUUUCGAUAUGCGCCAAGAAGGACCUGAUGGUAAAUGAAUGCCACAAUACACAAGUCCCAUCCAUAUGUAUGCAAUGUCUCGAAUCCGACCCAACAUCCGUUCAAGCCAACCCUGUUGGCAUCGCUGGCAUCAUCCUACAAUGUCUUGACGCUCACCUCCAUAUCAUCAUCAACAACAUAACGGAUUUAUCCUCAAAGAAAGACGAAGGUGAAGUGAAAACAGCUCUAGAGGUUUGCAAAAAGGACUUGUCGAUGAAUGUAGCUACAAACUUGUCGGAAGCCAAAAAAAGUCUAAAAACAGGUGAUUACGAUAAAGUAAACCAUUUGAUAGAGCUUGCGCUUGGCUUUCCUCAUGGAUGUCUGUUCAAACUCAAACUUGUCAAGUUCACGUCUCCCCAACUAAGUAGCCAAAUCAAUAUAUAUGGCCAACUCUCUGAUGCUGCUAUGCGGAUCAUUGAUCGCUUCUAAUAACUCCGUGUUGUUCUCUGUAUAAUUCAAUAAUUCACCUCAUUUUCUUA